UACGUCACCACAUUUCACCGAGUGAGAUGCUGGAGGAUCUCAGGUCCAAAAACUGAGACAACAUGAGGGAAGAGUUUUACCUGGCUGCGCCGUGUUUGGUUCUGUGUCUCCUGCUGGCCUCCUGCCAGGCCGCCAGACAGGGACAAGACAUCAGAUGUGGAGCCUGCCGAGCUUUGGUGGAUGAGAUGGAGUGGGCCAUUUCUCAGGUGGAUCCCAAGAAGAUGAUCCAGACAGGUUCAUUUCGGAUCAACCCCGAUGGAAGCCAGUCCAUUAAAGAGGUUCCUCUGGCUCGCUCCGAGGCAAAUCUGCUGGAGCUGUUGGAAACCGUUUGUGAGCGCAUGCAGGACUAUGGGGAACGUGUGGAUUCUGGUUCGAGCAGGAAGUCCUACCUGAGGAUCAAGUCUCGCACCGGAGAAGCCAUGGACCUCUCUGAAGCUAAGCUGGAUUCAUCUGUCACUUCCAGUUUAAAGUUUGCAUGUGAGAGCAUCGUGGAGCAGAACGAAGAUGAAAUCAUCGAGUUCUUCUCCCACGAAACUGAAAACGUCAAAGACAAACUCUGCAGCAAAAGGACCGAUCUUUGUGACCACGCUCUGAAAAUCCCUCAUGAUGAACUUUGACACCGCUCCACCUCUGCCUGUCCAAAUUGUCCAUCAUUAUUCAUGGCUAAGGAGUUUCGGUAGGAUGUUUACAAGAUAUGCAACACUCUAGAACAACCACACAGCCUUUGUCCUGGUAUUUUUUUUCAACACUACUAUAGUAAUUUAUUGCUGGUUUACAUUUACGUCGUCAGGUUUGUCUGACUUUAACUCACCAUCAGGUGAACUGUGAAACUGAGCUGGGAGUAAAGAUGCAUGAUCCCUGAUGGUGAAGAAACAUUAGGUUGCCCUUGACGAAUUGACCAGAACCGUCUUUAUUCAGCAGAACACAGGUCCAGUUUAUGAUGUAACGAUGUCGUCCAAACAUUCUGGUCAUUUCCAAAAACAUAAAAGGAGCAUCUGUGGUUGUUGCCGUUACAGCGAACGUUACAGUAUUGUUUCUCAUGAGCCCGUCAGAGUACUGUCCUCCGCUAUCGACUUACUGUAGCUGUCCAGGAACUGUGUGAAAUGUGGUGACACAUUUUAUAGUCCUGUGUGAACGUUCUCUGUGAUCUUUCCAUUUUUA